UUGCGUUUUCUUUCCCUCACCUCACGCAGGUCAGCGCUAGAAGCGAUUCGCGGUGGUCGUUUCUCACAGGCCUCUGACGUCUGGAGUUGGGCUGUGACAGUGUGGGAAAUUUGGACUGGCGGCGCUAUGCCCUGGAGCAAGUGCGCCUCCUCGGAUGAGAUUGUGCGUCAACUGGAAGCCGGUCAUCGUCUGCCUUGGCCACGCCUCGCCUGUCCUCGGCGUCUCUACCAGUUAAUGCUGGCCUGUUGGCGUACUGAACCCGGCGCACGGCCCACCUUCGCCUAUCUGGCUGAACGGUUAGAC